AUGAGGAGCUCAACACUCAUUGUCUUCGGCCUACUUCUUGUUCUCCUUAUUGUCUCAGACCUAGGGUCGGCAGCUAAUGUGAAGUAUAAGUACCACUACGCCGCGAAAGGAGGCAAGUACUCCUACAAGUGGCACAAGAAGAACGGCAAAACCCAGUAUCAUGCUCAGGGUGUCGCCGGAGGUGUUGCCGGUCAUGGAUCGGGAGUGCGUAAAGUCGAUCGCAGCGCCAAAGCACCCAAGGCGUAG